AUGUCAAUGGUUCUAGGUAGUUUGAUUGCAGCAUUCAUUUCAGCAAAUCUAAAAUAGACUACAUUCCUAUUGAUAAUGGCUGCUAUAGCAAGCUUAUCUAUAGCAGUGUUUGCUACACUAACCAAACCAAUCAAUUAUAAAAGAUAUUUACCAGAAGAUUCUGACUAAGAUUUUCAGAGUGUAGUGGCUGAAAAAUUGAAAUAACAAAGCAGUGAAAUGAUUAAAGUGUUGCUCCAAUUUUAUUAGGAAAAGAAGUAUUAGAGAUAUUACUGCUCAUUAAGGCUAAAAAGAUGA